AUGAACUAUGUUUAUGUAAUCGCUUAUUAUAAAUAGAUUUUUUCAGAAAAUCUGAAAGAGGAAGACAAAAUGGAAGCAUUCCUGAGGGACCAUGAAUCUGCCGAAACUGCACAUAGAUAAAUGUAAAAAUAAUAUGAUUAACAACUUUAUUAAAUAAACCUCAAUUAAAUUCUAAAUAUUUCUGAUGCUGAUUUGAUUUUUACAAGAGCAAGAAGCAAUGCAAGUGUAUUUAAAAAAAAGGAUAUCCCUAUUGAAUAAACAGAAAUUUUUAAAAAAAAGUUGAAAGAAAAACUAGAUCAAAGCUUAAAGACUGCUCUUAUGUCAGAAUAAAACACUUCCGACAUAUUAUAAAAGACUCUCCUUUAAGUAAAUGAAUAUGAAUUAUAAUUGAAAAAAAUUUAAGAUGAGAAUUUUAAAUUUAAAUUAGAAAUUGAAGAACAAAAAAAAAAUAUUGAUUUGUUAAAUUUUAAAAAUAAGGAGCUUGAAAAUUAAAAUAGUAAAGAGAAAAUUGAAAUGAUUGAGCAAUUAAAAUUAUUGGAUUAAUAUAAAAUAAAGGUCCUUAAAAGUGAGGAGUAAUUGAAUCUUAUGAACGAAAAAGUAAAUAAUUUGUAAGAAACUGUGGAUGAAUAGUUUAAGGAUAUCAAAAAUCUCAAUGAAAAAAAUAUUCAAUAGAUUAAAUUAAUGGAUGAUUAAGCCAAAAUAUAUAAAUAAGAAAUAGAUAGAUUAAAUGAUCGAAAUGAAAAUAAGUAAUUAAAAUUAGAUCAAGCCUUAAUAGAGAUUUAACAUAUAACAACAGAUUUUAAAAUGGCAAAAAUAAAGAGUGAUAAUGAUAUUAAAAACCUAACUGAAAAAAAUAAUAAAUUGUAAAAUUAGUAUGAUGUAAUUUUAAAAUAAAAGGAAUAACAAGAGUCAGAAUUUAAUAGUAUUAAUGAUAUUAAUUCUAAAAUGGAAUAAACCUUAUAAGCUGUUAUGAAAAAAUAUUCUGAAAUUGAAUAGAAAUGUGCAAAUUUAGAAAACGAAAAAAAAUAAACUGAACACAGAGAUAAUAAAAGUCAAACAGAAUUAGAAAUUGAAAAAGAAAAAUAUUUUAAAAAGUAAAUUGAGUUUGAAAGUUAUAAAAUUGAAGUUGAAAAAUAAAAAUAAGAAAAUUUAGUAAUGUACAAUCGUAUUGAAUAAGAUAAAAAUCAAACAAUCGAAGUAAAUAACUAGCUGAUAACUGAGAUUAAUGGGUUAAAAAUGAAUGAGACUCAAUUGAAUGAAUAAAAGGAAUAAUUGAAUAAAAAGAUCGAACAAUUCAUUAAUUAGAAUGAAGAGAAUUAGCAAAAAAUGCAUUUAUUAGAAGAAGAGAAGUAGAAAGAAAGUGAAAAGUUGAAACUCGAGUUGGAAGUGAUAAAGAAGGAAUCAGAGCAUUAAGUUAACUCUCUCGAGAAAAGGCUUCAGGAGACCCAAACUAAAUUUGAAUCUCUUAACGAAUAAUAUAAAUAACUUUAACUUUCCUUGAGUGCUUCAAAUUCAGAUGCUCAAAAAUCAAUUGAAGACUUGUAAUUAAAAUACAAUCGUAUUGAAUAAGAUAAAAAUCAAACCAUCGAAGUAAAUAACUAGCUGAUAACUGAGAUUAAUGGGUUAAAAAUGAAUGAGACUCAAUUGAAUGAAUAAAAGGAAUAAUUAAAUAAAAAGAUCGAACAAUUAAUUAAUUAGAAUGAAGAGUAUUUGUAAAAAAUACAUUUACUAGAGGAAGAGAAGUAAAAAAUACAUUAACUACAAGAAGAGAAGUAAAAAAAAGUUCAAGAAAUUGAAAAGUUGAUACUCGAGUUGGAAGUGACAAAGAAAGAAUAAGAGCAUUAAAUUAACUCUCUCAAGGAAAAGCUCUCAGUGAGUGAGAAAAGCCUUCAGGAGACCCAAACUAAAUUUGAAUCUCUUAACGAAUAAUAUAAAUAACUUUAACUUUCUUUGAGUGCUUCAAAUUCAGAAGCUGACAAAUUAUAUUAAGAAUUGUUACAAGAAUAGCUUCAAAAUGAGUAAAAUCAUUAAAGUGAGCUUAGUUUAUUUAAGGAUUAAAUACAAGAACUCAAUUAAUAAAUUGUUAAAUACGAAAGCUAAAAUUAAGAACUUAAUUCGAAUAUAUAAUAACUUAUACUCGCUUAAAAUUUAUCAAAUUAACAGAAUACUUAAUAGUUCAUCUAAGAAUAAUUAUAAAUAAUUGUAUUAGAAUCAAUUAUUUAAAAUAUUUCGUUAGAGGCUGCUUCAUAACAAUCAAAAUCUUUAAAGCAAUUGAAAGAUGAUUAACAAAUAAUUUAAAACUUAAAUUAAACUGUCGAUUAAUCAUCUAUAAGCUUAUAAGCCUUACAAAAAUUAAACCAUGAACUUGAUUAAGAAUUACUAAGAGUUUAAUCAAUUUCAAAGGAAGAAUCUAACAUGAUUUUAUAGCUAAAAAAUUAGCUUACUUUGAAGGAUUAAGAUAUUAAUUCAAUCAAACUCUAAUAUCAAUAAUUUGAAUAACAACAAAAUAAAAGUUUGUAAGAUUUAGAAGAUCUAAGAAUUUUAUUUGAGUAAAUACAAAAAGAGAAGCUCCAACUUGAAAUUCAUUUAGCCGAAUAACAUUAGCUCGUUAAAGAGGCUCAUACAUAAUAAAAUAUAUAUUCUUAGUAAUUAACAGAAAGUAAAUUAGAAGUGUAAAAUUUAAAACUACAAAUUUCUAUCAUUGCAGAAAAAGAUCAAGAUUAAAUUGUAGAAACCUAAAACUUAAAAUAAUAAAUUGAUUAGUUGGCUGAAGAAAAACUUUACUUUUAAGAAUUAACAAAAACUUUCGAAGAAACCAUUUAGAGAAAAGACGAAGAAAUAGAAGAUAUUAACAAGAGUCUUUAAGAGAUUAGAUAAACUUUAACAUUAAAAACAUAUGAAAUAGAGCAACUAGAAUAAGAUUUAAAAACUACUAAGGAGGAACUUGUUUUGCAUCAACAAAAUCUUUUUGAUGAAUAAAAUUUGAGAGCCACAUAAGACACUCAAUUUAAAGUGUAACUUGAAAAUUAUAUAAAAUCACAGCAAAGAAAUUCUGAGGAUAUAGAUCUUUAGGAAAAUAAAUUUGAAUUACUUGAAAAGUUAUAAGGACAAAAAAUAGAAUUUGAUGUCAACAUCUCAACAUAAAAUGAAAAAUUAAGAAUAUUUGAGUUAUAGAAUUUGGAAUUGAGAAAUGAAUAAUUCAAAUACAUAGAAAAAAUAAACGAAUUGUCCGAGAUGAUUAAUAGCGACAGUGUAUUAAAAGAAAUGCAAAAAAAUUUCAUUUCAGAAAUAUUAAUCCUUUUAAUUAAGUAAUCUGAUGGAUUGAAAAUAAUUAAUUCAGAAGAAAUAGAAAAUUAAUUAUAAGAUAAUAAUGAUGACCUAGAUAAACUGAAAACUAGUACAAUGAUGUAAAUCAAUAUUCUUAAUCGUUAAAUAGAAUAAACAAUUAAUAAUUUGAAGGAUGUUUAGUUGAAGUUUGUAUAGUCUACAGAGUAAAUUUCUAAAUUAGAAUAAUAAUUAAAAGAAAGCUAAGAAAAUUAGGCUAAAAAUAAGUUAUUAAUAGAAAGCCUGAUAUUAAAUAUUUCAGGGUUAAAUGAAAAAAUUGAAGGAUAUUAAAAGUCCUCUUCAGUUAAUAUUAAUGAUAUUACUCAGUAGCAAGAAAAAGAAACGGAUUUGUUGAAAAAAGAUUAUUAAAAUAAGAUUAAUCGAAUUUAAGAAGAAUUACAUAGAAGAGAAUAAGAUUUUAAUGCUUUGAAUGAUUAGUAUAAUUAGAUGCUCUAAGAUUAAUUUAACAAAACUGAAGAAUUAAAUAAUUUGAGGAAAAAAUAUGAUGAUAUUAUGAGUGAUAUAGACAGAAUGACGCCAACUAGGUCACCUUCAAAUUCUAUCUCUUAAAAACCUAAUCAAAUAGAUUAGUAUUAAUAAUACUUCAUACUUACUGCUCAAGCUGUUGCUUUAAGUAGCGACGAUCCUAUGGCUGCUGCAGAAAUUAAAUUAAAAAACUUCUAUUAAGAAGCAAAAAAUCGCAAUUUACCGUUUCAUCAAUGGCACAUUUGGCUAUAAUUAAAACUUAAGGAAGAACUCUCUAAGAAUAGAAAACGGUGA